GACCGUCAGUCUGGCAUGUAAACAAGGUCAGACACUGCAGCACACAGUCCAAACACUUCCUCCAGACACUAACGGCUGCUCGCUUUUAAAUCAAGAGAAGAAGAAAACUUAUUCGCUAAACCUCUGAGGACAAAGAUGACGAAGGAGAGAAAGUGAGUGAGGAGGACAGAAAAGAGAGAGAGACUAAUCUGGCAGUUGGAAGUGUGCAGGGCCAGUCACGUUUCAGACCGCCUGCUUUGAUUGCAGUUUAUGGUCACUUAUGUGUUCUGGCCUCCGAUAUGACCUUUUGAAAGACUUGCUGUUGGACCAUACCUGUCAACAUUGGAAUUUCAAAAUAAGGGAAAUCUUCUGGCGGACUCCGCCCAUACAGCGCUCAGCCACCCAGCACCUACCCAUAUAAUGUAAAUGUCAACACAUAAAGGACGGGACUCUUAUUACAGAACAGCCAAGAUGAUGCAAUGUUUUCACUUCAUGGUGGAGCCGGCCAAAAACUUCACGGCCAAGAUAAAGGAAUCACACAAGAGAGCGAAGAAUGAGAAGAGGGAGCCUCUGGAUGAGGAUCAGCUGUUUGUUGUGGAUCUGGCUAGAGAUCUAAGCCGAGUGUGCCAGAGGUCAGCGGUCCUGGAGCACAUCUGGAACCUUGAUGACACCUGGCCAACAUCUCUCUGCGGGGUCUUCAUCCUACAGUGGGCCUCCAUGUUAGAGAGCAAGAAGAGGCCCAUGCAGACCGAUGGCUGGCCAGAGAUGGAUGAGGUCAAGCAGCCUGAUAUGAUUAACGAGCAGGACCUGCUGCAGGCCAAAACUGUGAUCCUCAACUGGAUCAAGGACCUGAGAGCUCAGCCUGAGCAAAGUGUGUGGCCUGGGGAGCCUGUGGCAAAGGUUCUGGAGGACCUGCAGUCAGCCUGGCGUUGGGGCCGCGCACCCAAUCUGCUGGCCGCUAUGGAGCUGGUAUUUUGGACUUUAAUUGUGCAGCGCCCAGAUAAGGAUACUAUACCGCAGCAGUGGCUCAUGUGGAAGCAGAGGACUCAGAAGAUCGGUGCCAUAUCCUACAUUCCUCAACCAGUGUGGGAUUGGAUCUCGGAUGCUGCAGUGGAGGUGACUCUGGAUCUGGACACAGCCAACCCUGAUCUGCUCAUCUCCACUGACGAGAAGCGGAUGCGCUGCGGCUUUGAGAGGAAGGAUAUUCCCAACUACCACCAGCGCUUCGAUGGCUGGUGGUGUGCCGUGGGAAUAGAGGGCUUCCGCUCCGGCCGCCACUACUGGGAGGUGGAGGUGGGUGAGAGGGACUGGAGGCUGGGCGUGGCCAAAGAGUCGGCCCUGAGGAAAGGCUUCAAGUCCCUUAACACGGAUACGGGUUUCCUGAGCCUGCGACUGGAGAGGGGCACUGAGCUGAAGGCCCUGACGGUGCCCUACACUUCCCUGCCGCCCGACCUCAUCCCCCGCAAGGUGGGCAUCUACCUCGACUACGACCGCGGCCAGCUGUCCUUCUAUGACGUGGACAAACACUUCCACAUUUACACCUACAACGAGAGCUUCGAUGAUAAGUUGUUCCCCUUGUUUGGUACAGUGGAGAUAAUCAAAGAUCUGGUGAUCAAUUCUCCAGCAGCUAAGACCCAAUGUUUCUGCCCCACACCAUGCCUCUGGGGUUGAGUUUCCUCCUGUCACCUCUUCCUUUAAAAGCCAGUAGAUAUCAUAAUAAACUAUGAUAAAUGGUUGUAUACUAAUCACUGGGAGGAAUCAGAGAUCCUGAUGUUAAAGACCAUUAAAUGUGCUAUUGAAUAGCUCCACUAUGUGACCACUGUCUAUGCUGCUGCUGCUGCUUUAAUGUGAUCGUCGCAAACACUUCCUCACUAUAGAGUUACAGUGCUACUCUUUGCUCACACAUAAUGUAUUUUCAUAUAUUUGAAAGAAAACCUAUAGUAUUAAUGUAAUGUAUUGUGCAAAAUUAACCCUGCAGUAAGAAUGCCUUUCUGUGAAUGAUAAAUAAACCAAAUACAUGUCUUA